GUUGAAAUGAGGAAGCGUCAGUGCUCCACCACCUCACUAUGUACCAGUACGCAGACUGACUGGUAACUGGUCCAGCUGGAGAACAGAGUCAGGAUCAAACUGUGAGUGACUGACUGUUUGGAUGUAGGUUUUUUGACGGCAGUAUUGUUUGUUUGUCAGGAGCUGGGCUGAAUUUAAGAUGAUCUGUUCACAUGUUGCUCAGACGGCUGGCAGCUGAUAUGCUGACGGACUGAAAGAACCAAACUAAAGGAGGAUUAACACUGGAACUACUUCAACACACUGUAUACAGGUUAAUUGCAUCCUUCGUUUGAGGACUUAAAAAGGGAGCCCCAAUCCAGAAGCCAACAUGGCUGACGUGGUGAACACAUUGCCAUUCUUCUAUGGCAACAUCACCAGGGAAGAGGCGGAGGAAUACCUGCGGCAUGCGACCACGACCAGCGGCUUAUACCUUCUACGGCAAAGCAGAAACUAUCUCGGAGGCUUCGCGCUGUCCGUGUUGCAUUCCAACCGCAUCUACCACUACACCAUCGAAAGAGAACCCAAUGAAACGUUCGCCAUCGCUGGCGGUAAGAGCCACAGGACCCCCGUGGAUGUGAUUGACUACCACUCCCAGGAGAUGGACGGCCUCGUGUGUCUGCUAAAGAAGCCCUGCAACAGGCCCAGAAACAUGCAGCCGAAGGUGGGGCCGUUUGAGGACCUGAAGGAAAAACUGAUCCGGGAGUACGUGAAGCAGACGUGGAAUCUGCAGGGAGCAGCUCUGGAGCAGGCCAUCAUCAGCCAGAGGCCUCAGCUGGAGAAGCUCAUUUCCACCACUGCACACGAAAAAAUGCCCUGGUUCCACGGAUCGAUAUCACGAGAAGACUCUGAGCCCCGGCUUCAAAAAGGCUCCCGUACAAGUGGAAAAUUCCUGAUCCGACAGAGAGAUUUGAAUGGAUCCUACGCUCUGUGUUUACUCCACGAAGGACAAGUCAUGCAUUAUCGCAUUGACAAGGACAGGAAUAGCAAGCUCUCGAUCCCGGAUGGCAAAAAGUUUGACACCCUGUGGCAGCUGGUGGAGCACUACUCAUACAAACCAGACGGCCUGCUGCGAGUGCUAACAGAACCCUGUCCAAGACCUGAGGGAGAUAUCGGGUUGAUAGGACGGCCACUACUCCCACGGGACCACCCUGGAUUAACCGCCUUUCACAAUGCGGCAGGUGGACUUCUCUCCAAACUCAGAACUGUUCCCAUACCCGGCAUAAAAAAGAACCGGGGAUCUCGACACAACGCCACAGAUAAUCUCAAUCCUUACGAAACCAGGGUGCCCAAUAAUCCAGGCGGCAAAGAGGCCAUGCCAAUGGACACGGAGGUAUACGAGAGUCCAUACGCAGACCCAGAUGAACUGAGGACUUCCACAGUGGAUCGCAGUCAGCUCUUCUUGGAGGAUGGAGAACUGGGCUCUGGGAACUUUGGUACAGUCAUGAAGGGCAUCUACAAGAUGAGGAAGACGGAGAAGCCAGUUGCAGUCAAAAUCCUCAAGAAUGAUGACAGCAACCAAUCAAUGCACGAGGAAAUGCUGCGAGAAGCCAACGUCAUGCAGCAGCUGGACAAUCCGUAUAUUGUCCGGAUGAUCGGUAUCUGUGAGGCAGAGAGCCUCAUGUUGGUCAUGGAGCUGGCCGAGCUCGGACCGCUGCACAAGUUCCUGCAGAAAAACAAGCAAACAACCAUAAAGAACAUCACAGAGCUGGUCCACCAGGUGGCUGUGGGGAUGAAGUACCUGGAGGAGCAUAACUUCGUCCACAGGGACCUCGCUGCCAGGAACGUGCUGCUGGUGACACAGCAUUACGCCAAGAUCAGCGACUUUGGCCUCUCCAAAGCUGUCGCUGAGGAGCAAAACUACUACAAGGCUAAGGGUCAUGGGAAGUGGCCAGUGAAAUGGUAUGCUCCCGAGUGUAUAAACUUCUUCAAAUUCUCAUCCAAAAGUGAUGUGUGGAGCUUCGGGGUGCUCAUGUGGGAAGCCUUCUCCUACGGCCAGAAACCAUACAAGGGAAUGAAAGGAAACGAUGUCCUGCAGAUGAUUGAAAGUGGAAGCCGUAUGGAUUGCCCAAACAACUGUCCACAAGAGAUGUAUGACCUCAUGAAGACCUGCUGGACAUACAAGGUGGACCAAAGGCCUGGAUUUAAAGUCGUUGAGCCUAGACUACGAGACUAUUAUUACGACAUUUCACAGUGAUUCUUCACAUGGAGGUUAUGAGAUUAUGCAAACCGUUGCUCGAUGUGAAAAAAAAUGCAUUUAAUCAUGUAUGAACGACUGGAGAUGGUUAUGAAUUAUAAAUGCUGUUGUAAAGUAUUGAACUUGAACUGGAGGAUUAAUUCUAACUUUUAAACAUAAUUAUGCAAAUGACAUUUAUUUUAUUACUUUUCUUGUUCCUUCCUGAAUGUAAACAAUAUGGAAGUUGUAAUAAACAUAUGCAAGUCUA